AUGGUCAAGAUUACUGGCUUCACCACGCGGGACGUGCGGUUUCCGACCUCUCUGGAUAAGACUGGCUCUGAUGCCAUGAACGCGGCUGGCGACUACUCGGCCGCCUACUGCAUCAUCUACACAGACUCGGACCACAAGGGUCAUGGCAUGACAUUCACCAUCGGCCGCGGUAACGAGAUUGUCUGCGCCGCCAUUUCCCUCCUGGCCCCGCUUAUCGUUGGCAAGGAUCUCGAUGAGCUCACCGCUGACUGGGGCAAGACCUGGCGCUACCUCGUCUCCGACAGCCAGCUGCGCUGGAUCGGCCCGGAGAAGGGUGUGAUCCACCUCGCCCUGGGUGCCGUCGUCAAUGCUCUUUGGGAUCUGUGGGCUAAGACCCUGGGCAAGCCCGUCUGGCGCAUCGUCGCGGACAUGAGCCCCGAGGAGUUCGUGCGCUGCAUUGACUUCCGGUACAUCACCGAUGCGAUUACUCCCGAGGAGGCGUUGGCCAUGCUCAAGGAGAUUGAGGCUGGCAAGCAGGAUCGUAUCAAGGAGGCUGAGGCUAGCCAGGCUGUGCCUGCGUAUACUACUAGUGCGGGCUGGCUCGGGUAUAGUAAGGAGAAGUUGAAGAAGCUGCUGGACGAGAGUGUUGCGCAGGGGUAUAAGCAUUUCAAACUGAAGGUUGGUGGAAGUUUGGAGGAUGAUAAGAGGCGCUUGAAGAUUGCACGCGAGGCUAUUGGGUAUGACAAGGGCAACAUCUUGAUGGUGGAUGCCAACCAGGUCUGGUCCGUCCCCGAGGCCAUCACCUGGAUGCAAGAGCUUGCUGAGUUCAAGCCCUGGUUCAUUGAAGAGCCCACCUCCCCCGACGACAUCCUCGGCCACGCCGCCAUCCGCAAGGCCCUCGCUAACACCCCUCACGGUACCGUCGGCGUCGCCACCGGUGAGAUGUGUCAGAAUCGGGUGAUCUUCAAGCAGCUGCUGCAAGCCGGUGCCCUGACGGUUCUGCAGCCCGACGCCUGCCGCGUCGGUGGCGUGAACGAGGUUCUGGCCAUCCUCCUGCUGGCCCGCAAGUUUGGCAUCCCUAUCGUGCCGCAUUCGGGCGGUGUCGGUCUGCCCGAGUACACGCAGCACCUGAGCACGAUCGAUUACGUCGUUGUCUCUGGCAAGAAGAGUGUGCUGGAGUACGUGGACCACUUGCACGAGCACUUUGUGCACCCGUCUAGCGUUAAGGAUGGAUACUAUGUUACUCCUAUGGAGCCUGGAUACAGUGUUGAAAUGAAGGCUGAGAGCAUGGAUGAGUUCUCGUUCCCCGGUGAGGAGGGAAAGAGCUGGUGGCGCUCGGAGGAGGCUAAGUCUAUCCUGGAAGGCCCACGGGUUUAA